CAACCAGGACCCUGCCGGGGUGUGGGGCGUGGAAGGCGGAGAGGAUUUCUUUCAGCUGAACGAUCCACCGGGCGAUCCAAUCAGAGCUUCCGCUCCCACGUGGCCCCUUCAGCAGCCGAUCGCCUUCCGAAGAGCUCUGCCUCGGGGGAACGGGAAGGGGCGAUCCCAGCUCGGCGCUCUUUCAAGAAGCUGGUACGGGGGAUCCUCUUGACGCCUCCCGCAGUGGAGGCUGGCGGCGCUCUCUCGCGCGAGAGACAUUUUCGAAGUGCUCCUCCAGCAGGGCAGCCUUGCUCCUCGGCAUGGAUCGCUUCGCCCCUUUGCAGUGAAGUCCGCGGGAGUCGGCGAGGCUCUUUCGCAGCCUCUCUCCAAGCCAUGGCUUUGGGGGUGGUCGUCCAGCUGAAGCGCUUCGUGUGGCUCGUUCUGGCCCAUCACUUUAUUGUGGUCAGGGCAUGCCAUGAAGUCGCCUAUGGGCAGUUCAUCCAGGAAUAUUGUCUCAGCAAGUUUCAAUCUGACAUGGAAACUCUCAGGAAGACUCUGUGGUGUGACUGGGAUAUGACUUUGGGCUGGUAUGGGGAGCUUACCAAUUGUACCUACCAGAUUGCUGGGAAAAUGCAUUGCUUCUGGCCAAACCAGCUAGUGGAUGAAUUCUUCAUAGCGAUUCACAAGCACUACUUCAAAAACUGCCCUGUCUCGGGAAGGGCUUUGAGAGACCCCCCUAACACCAUAUUGUGCCCGUUCAUAUUGGUACCCAUUUUUGUCACGCUGCUCAUGACAGCACUGGUUGUGUGGCGAAGCAAACGCAGUGAAGGCAUUGUCUGAAGUUCUUCAGAACCCCAAAGUCUCCAACCCUGAUAGGCGACUGAAGCAGAACACCAAGCAAGCUGUGCUGAGGAACAGCUUUGUUACUCCUCUUGUGAACACCAAAAAAA